AUGGAAUCCUACAGUGUGCCCGAAGUGGACAUGAUGACCGUGUCCAAGAACUCGCAGUACGAGCGGGAGUGGCUCCUGAAGUUCGCCCCGCCAGUUGGACUGACCAACAUCAGCUACGGCGGCAUGUACAAGGUGGACUCGUUCUAUCUGGAGUGCCAGAAGUACCGGGAUCAGUUCCGUGACCCCUACAACAAGCUCCUGCGCCCCAAGAUGUUCGCCAAGUACCGGGGCAAAUGCGGCAUCAAGAUUGAUCCCGAGCUGGAGCAACUGAAGCGGCCCGCUGCCUCGCAUGUGGAGCCCAUUCCGGUGGUGUACCCGAUGGAGUACGGGCGGCAGAUGGACUUCGACAGGGGUUUCCGGAUGGAGGGCAGGAACAGCAGGGACAGCGCCACCGCCCGAAGAUAUCCGUGUGUGCGUGUGGUGGGCAGGUAA